UUCAAUGAACAAUAUUGCAAUAUUCACUCUAACAGUUUAUUCUGUUGUGUUAACCAGAGGUGAUCCUCUAGUGGAGCUGCCUCUAGGAAAAAUCGUGGGCAGCAUUAAAGAAAGUGUUAGUGGUAGGAAAUUCUAUUCAUUUGAGGGUGUCCCGUACGCAAAACCACCCGUGGGCGCCAAUAGAUUUGAGGCACCUUUACCAAUAGACCCCUGGAAUGGCACCUGGACAGCUAAUGUAAUCCACAAGUGCUUGCAAUAUAGACAUUUAUCUCAAUCAAAGGAGGAUCCUGUCACAGGGUUAGAAGAUUGUUUAUACCUAAAUAUCUAUACGCCAUCUCUAGACGUCCGUGAAAACCUAGAUGUAAUAGUUUUCAUACAUGGAGGAGCCUUUAUGUUCAACUAUGGCGCGUUUCAAGGUCCACAAAUACUGUUAGACAAAGAUAUAGUUUACGUAAACCUCAAUUACCGACUGGGACCCCUGGGUUUCCUAAGCACCGAAGAUGAUGUGGUUCCCGGAAAUAACGGUAUAAAAGACCAAAUCGUUGCUCUACAAUUUAUCCAGAAGUAUAUACGGUAUUUUGGAGGGAACCCGAAUUCAGUCACGAUAACUGGAAAUUCGGCGGGAGGGGGGAGCGUCCAUUUUCACUACAUGAUAAGCAAAAGCAAAGGAUUAUUCCACAAGGGUUUCUCACAAAGUGGAACGACCUUGAACCCGUGGGUCAUUGCUGAAAACCCCUUAGAGAAAACAAAGCAAAUAGCAAGCUUAUUAGGAUGCUCCUCUCAGUCUACGAAGGAAAUGGUCGACUGUUUGAAAGAACGCCCAGGGAAGCAAAUCGUGGAAACCAUAACCACAUUCCAGCCUUGGCUUUUCAACCCCUUUUCCCCAUUCGCUGUGGUGGUAGACAAAUGGGCUGAAGAUCCACUGAUACCGGAUCAUCCCUACCAGUUGCUGAAGAAGAAACUAGUCCAUAGUGUGCCAUGGAUAGCGUCCCACGUAAAUUCUGAAGGAUUAUACCCAGCAGCAGAAUUUUUUUCCGAUGAAAAGUACUUGGACGACAUCGAUAAGAGGUGGGACGAUAUCCUGCCUCACAUAUUACACUACAACGAAACAGUAAACAGUGAAGACAUCCAUGCUGUUAAUACUAAAAUCAGAGACUACUAUCUUGGUGAUGCUAACGUCAACAAACACACAUUUGGGGACUUGGUACAAAUAAUAGGAGACAGACUGUUCGUGACAGAUAUACACAAAGCUGUAAAGCUUCACGCUGAAGCUAGUGCAGCGCCUACUUAUCUAUACUAUUUUACAUACAGAGGAGAACACAGCAGGUCUGAAGGCAGGUCGAAAAGUAGGAAGAAUUUCGGCGCUGCUCACGGCGACGACGCCAGUUACAUCCUCAGCAUGGCUCUGGACACUCGUUCGAACGAAAGAGAUAAGGCUAUGUCGGAUAUGAUGGUAGAAAUGUGGCUGUCAGUAGCCAGAACUGGAAAGCCUAAUGUGACUCAAUUGGAAUGGACGCCAGUUCCUAAAGACUCCAAAAGGAUCAAAUACUUGAGGAUUUCUUCUCCAGAUAACCUUCUCAUUGAGGAAAAUGAGAAUUUAGGGAACAAAGAGUUUUGGGAAUCGUUGCCCAUUAGGGAAAACGAAAAGCUGUUCGAAAGAACAAGAGAUAAGAACGAACUGUACGGCGUAUAUAUACCCGUUUAUCAUCCUAUUCAAGUUGGUGCGGUCCAACCAACCAUGUAUACGGCUGUUCUGUUCAUUGUAACUAUCAACGCUGUUGUAUUUGGUGAAGUUACCUCAUCAAGGGUGACUAUAUCUUUGGGGGAGGUAGAAGGGUUUACAGCUAAUACAGUCAACGGACGAACAUUCUCCGCUUUUGAAGGAAUACCAUACGCCAGACCUCCAGUGGGUAAACACAGAUUUAAGGAAUCUGUACCACCAAAACCGUGGGUAGGAGUAUGGCAGGCCAAGACUAUGUUCAAGUGCAUGCAGUACGACCAUUUCACACCAUCUGGUCAAGACAUGGUGUCGGGAGACGAGGACUGUCUAUACGUAAACGUAUACACACCAAACCUGAACCCUAGAAAAAAGCUCGACGUCCUGGUAUUCAUACAUGGCGGCGCGUUCAUGUUCAACUACGGGGGCAUGUACGGACCCCACAUUGUUUUAGACAGGGAUGUCAUCUACGUUAACUUCAACUAUCGAUUGGGUCCGCUAGGAUUUUUAAGUACAGAGGACGAAGUGGUACCGGGCAAUAACGGACUGAAGGACCAAAUUUUGGCGCUGAAAUGGAUCAAGGACAACGUGGAGUACUUUGGGGGUAACCCGGAUUCGAUUACCAUAUUCGGGAUGUCGGCAGGGGGCGCUAGCGUCGAACUGCACCAUUUACUCCCGCAAUCACAAGGUUUAUUUCACAAGGGAUUCUCUCAGAGCGGUACAGUCCUCAACCCUUGGGUUUUGGUGGAACGCCCGUUGCAAAAAGCAAAGAAGUUGUGCUCUAUAAUCGGUUGUCCCACAGCUGAUUCCAAAUAUAUGGUGGAAUGCCUUCGGCACAAGCCAGCGAGGCAGAUCACCCACACCGUUAAACAUUUUCAGCCAUGGCUAUACAACCCCUUUUCUCCGUUCGGUGUGGUCGUGGAUACCUGGGCUCUAAAGCCGGUACUUCCCCAGCAUCCCUACAAGCUGUUAAAAGCCAAGAAAGUCCAUGACUUGCCUUGGAUCGCGUCGUACACGUCUGCCGAAGGCUUAUACCCAGCUUCAGACUUCCACCACGACCACCACUUGGAGUACCUGGACCGCAACUGGAACGAAAUAAUGCCUUACAUUUUGCACUACGACGGUGCCGUAGAUCCCGAGUUGCUGGACAGCGUCAGCGAGAAGAUUCGGGAGUAUUUCUUCCAUGGAAAACCGGUUAAUAAGGACACUUACCCCGCUUUGGUCCAACUGAUGAGCGAACGCCUCUUUGUCUACGACAUCGAAAAGGCGGGUAGACUGCACUCCGCUGCCGUACAAUCUCCAGUGUACAGCUAUUUCUUCAACUACAGAGGAACCCACAGCAAAUCGGAGUUCAGAGCUGACACGGACAAAAAUCUAGGUGUCUCUCACGGAGACGACACCAGUUACGUGUUAAAGACCAAUAUGGACACGUCAUCAACGGAAGAUGACCGCCAAAUGAGCGAAAUCAUGCUGGACUUGGUGAUUUCAUUCAUGAAAACAGGGAAACCAAACAUCACUUCCGCUUGGACGCCUUUGUCGAAAGACCCGUCGGAUCCUUGGAAGCAGCUGCACAUCGCGGGCCCCCAGAACAUGUUCGUGGAGGAAAAGGACGAGUUGGGUAACAGACAUUUCUGGGAGACCCUGCCGUUCAAGGAGAACGAAAACCUCUUCCCCGCGAGGGACGAGUUGUAAAGGAAACAAAUCUUCCUCACGUUUUAUUAAAAAUAUCUUUUAAACAACUUAACAGCAUAAUAACAUUUGUGUGUCUCUACUUAUAGUUUACUUAUUUUAAUAAAUACUAGUUAAAGCAA